AGUAAAGAAUUGUUUGGAACAUUAUGUAAAUUUAUAUCCUGUAUUUCUGUGCUCGUCUGUAGCGCGAUUGUCCUUCAUAGAGUUGCUACAAGAGCCGGUUUUUUAUGUUCAAUGGGAAGCAAAGAUACGGCUCAAAAUUACUUCGUCAAAGACCUCAUCUGUGAACAUGAUUAACCAUGAUCUCUUGUCAUUCGACCUCUAUGCGAUGGCGGCAUAUAUAUGAGAGGUCUAACAGCUGUUUCUAUCUUCAGCUCUUCUUGAUCAUCACAAUCCGCGGAACAAGGAGGCACGAUAAUGUCUAGGCAUAUUAAGUCAACAAGAGCUGACCAGUUCAAUGCCAAGGUCCACGGCCUGAAAGAAAUAUUCAACAGAUUGGACAGAAGAACAUAUCCAUUACCCACAGGAAAUGAUGUUGCCAACGUCCUUAAAUGGUUUCAGCAAACUUUGCAAAGUUUGGUGAAAGAGACCCGCCCUAUAUUGACAGAAGAUAAACGUUCAUUUGAUCGUCAUCAAUACCCCAGUAUGGACUACACAGGACUUUACAAAGCUCUGGAAAAAAUUGUGAACGUUGUUCCAGUGGUAGAGAUUGGAGUUGAAGCUUUUGCAGACAGUGUGUUGUCCAUCAUGGCAUCGUUGGUUCCUUUCUUAAAGAAGGAAGACCUCAAUGCAAUGCCGAUGGGUUUAGCAAUGACACUUUCCAUCUGGCCUCCACAAACUCACAACCACAUCAUCAAACUACUGGCUGGUUACAUUCUUCCCAUUCUGUUGGAUGUCUUAGAGCCUGAUGAAGAUGGACUUUGUUAUGCAUCCCUCAGCUGCCCUGCCCUUAUCAUGUCAAUCUUACAGUACUGUCCUGACUGUAAACAGCAUGCACAAUUUGUUGAAACACUGAUGAGAUUUAAGAGUGAUGUCUGUUUGGAUAUCCUAGCUGUGCUGGCCUAUGGUCCUCAGCCAAUCAUUAACUCUGCUGGACAAGUCCUACUUUACUAUUAUCCACUUAAGGAUGUUGGAGGAGCUGAUGACUGGCAGUUUGUCUAUGAACCCUGGCAUCCACCAAAUUGUCAAAACCAGGAGUGCGCGGUACCUCGAAAAAAUACACCAACCACUAUUUGCUUGGAUGCCUCGUUUGCCUCAUCAAAGUGCGGCUGUUCUCCUCCAGUAUUUAUUUGCCAGAAAUGUGCCGAGGUGGCUGCUCGUGACAUCCCUGAAGAGAAGCUUUUGGUGAAGAUUAUCCAGCCAAUGGGAAAGAUGCGUACAACUUGUGAAACAAAGGAGUGCAAAGGGCAAGGAAAACCGUGCAGUGUUAUGUGUUUUUCUUACGGCUGCGUCAAAGAUAACAGAUUAAGACCUUUGACAAUGUGUCAGGAGUGCCACGCCCGUUAUCACAGCACUGGUGAGGGGUAUCACCAUGUGACACAGAAUCUUUUCCCAGAUCCUUGGACUCUACAAGGCCCAGACCAAGCCUACCCCUCUGAGGCAGUCAUUCGCCUGCUGGGAGAAGCACAGCCUUGUCAGAAAAAAAGGAAUGAGGCCAUGGGACUGGUAAGGAGUAAACUCGAGGAGGAGGAAAUUGAAGACGAUGUAGACAAUGAUAUAAACAACCGGCGUAUGCUGAGUAGAUUGGGUGUGUGGCUUCUGGUCGGAGUAUGCAGUGAACCAGCCAGGUGUGAAUCUGUGGAGAGACUGGGCCGACUGGUUUCCAUGGUGCUGUCAUGGAUAGAGACAGCCUCAACUUUAAGACGAGAUUAUGUCGGCGAAUUGUUGAAAAGGCUUACUAGUCAGUAUGUCUGUCGAUGGCUCACGCAAGUUCGAGAUAACAAGUUCGAUCUGUUGUGCGCAUGCCUGUCCCCUGAUCCUCCGGGAUAUGUGAAGGUUGGAGGAUGCUGGGAUACAAUGUCCAGUAAGGAACGACAGCACAUGGAGGGACUUCAUCGCUUGUGCUGUGUGAUACCCCACAAUAUUGUAACCCGCGAGGUUUGGGAUGUUAUUAUGCCUCAGUGGAUGGAAGCGAUCAAGGCAGAUGUUCAGCCCGAAGAAUUGGCAAGGUUUAAAGUGUUGUUAACGAAAAUCUUCGACCCUUUGCUGACACCGCAUAAGUUGACGCCGGAAACUACUCUGGGUUUCAUAAAGAAAGCUCUCGAGUCUGCUGUGCCUCGCCAUCAGGUUGAGGCACUCUCAUGGCUGCAGAUUCUGUCACAAUUGGAUAUAAUCAUUCCACUGGACAUGCUGCUCAGUAUCUUUAUCAAGGUUGUUCAAAACUCAUCAGAAUUCUCUGAAGGAGUAACCACCAUGUUUCCUUUUCCGACUUUCACCGUGCAGUCACCGAUGACUCCAACCGCCGAGGGCUCGCUUAUUUCAACACCGGUCAGUGGUGUGUUGUCAGAACUAGGCGAGCUAAGUUCAAACCUGUCUUGCUUCAUCAUGGAACUAGAUUUACUGGUUAAACAGGUCAACAUUCAAUUUAUUCGCGACAAACAUGUCCCCAACAGCACCGAAAGAGAACACGUAAAAAAGCUUUUGGAGUGCAUGCUGGACAUGUCGUGGGCUGGUAGCCAUGGCGACCACUCAACUGUGUGUGACAUGUGUAACAUGACUGACAUAUGGUUCAAGCUUGCGCACAUGUUGCUGCAGACUGUGUUCCCUGAAGGAGUCGCGUUACCUGAAGAGGACGUGCCAAGUCACGUGGCAUAUGGUGGACUGUUUAGAUCAAGUGCGUCCAGUAAUAAGGGAAUAUCCAAUAGGAGUCUGACAUCAAACAAAAGUCAAGUGGAAACAAUCGAAGAGGAAGUGUUUACUGAAACUAAGCGAGACGUUUCUGACGUCACAGACAGUUGCCAAGGUGACAAUGAUCCUGAGCCCGCAAGUGUUCUCAGUGAGGCUGACUCGCCAUCAGAGUUGAACGAAAACGUCAUCUCCUUUGCGGCCAUGCGCAGUAUGUCGGCUGGCAUUGGCUCGUGGAGAAGUGCAACAAGUACCAGCAACUGGGGCAUGGUCUGCGAGACUUUUCCUCAACUGAAUUUGUUGCUAGGUUUUCUUAAGGAGCUCCCCCGCCAAGAAGACCAUAAUGUACAGCUAAGUAUUUUGAGGUGCCUUAAAGUGUUGGUGCUGCGCGGUGAUUACUUGCGGAUCUCCAUGGAUGCCGAUUCAGAAUUCCUGGCUUAUUUACAAGAGAUAUUCUUUAUUCCAAACAUAUGGGAGCUUCUACAAGCCGAACACUCAGAGAUGUCUCAUCUGUGUGUACAGAUUCUCCUUCACUGUAUCUGCCUUCCAUUUGGAGCUGAAAAACUCUGUGAUCAGGUCGAGAGCGCUUUCUCCGAUGAUGAUUGGCGAGAACGGUCUUCUGCCGUGGAAAAAGUGGCCAUCAUCGCGCGUUUCCUCGAAAAAGAACACAUCAAGUCAAACAACAUAACCAUGUCAGCCUUGGCGCAUUGUUUUACGUAUUUAGUCGGUGCAGUUGAGGACAUUUGCACGCCAGUGCAUCUAAGGGCCGUCUACAUGUUAGGCACCAUAAGAGCCUGCUCAUUAAAAGUCCUCUACAAGUGCAUUGAGCACCAAUAUGAUGCCGUGCCUCGGGACCGUCUUCUGUUAAUCCACACUUGUCGGAUAUUACACCGAAUACUUCCCCUCCAUACUCCCCUGUGUGGAAAAUUCUUUAUCAGUCGUUUCAAGCAUUUACUGAUAGAAAACGCAGAUUUUGUUUCCUUGGGGAGUCCCAGGGGGCGUAACGCAUCUGGUACAACGACAAUGUCACCGAGUCCCAGCAGUGAAGUGUCCGUCGAUGGAGGGAAUGAUUCGUCAAGAAAAAUCGCUACUGUUCUGCGUUCUCAACCCAGUACCAGAUCCCUGAUGGCUCGCAGCGGCUUGGGUCAACUUCGACGAACCUCUUCGUCGUUUCGUUGUAGCUACACGUUUCGUUUUCCAGGCGAGAGAGUCUCAUAUAACAGAAAGGUGUCAACGGGUACAGAAGGUAAGAAGUCCUCAAGUGGCGCCCGACAGCGGCGGACAGGUGGCUUUGUGAAUCAGUCAGGAUCCAUCGAUAUCUCAGACCGUAUGUUCCUUGGAGGUCGCAUCCAGUCCAACCUCCCUACUGUUCAGGAGGAGGAUAACGAGAUCUCGCGUCAGUCGGUAUCCUCCACUGACUCCUCCUUCAGUCAACUGCUGGGUGUAGGUCAGGAGGGUAGCAGCAUGGAGGCUGAAGCCACCCAUCAGCUGGUCACGCUGGUCAUGGACUUCCUGAGCUACCCUGGAGCCAACAAGGGAAGGGAGCGGUCAGAGUUUGUUAAGACAGAAAGUUAUGAGGUCGUUCAGAUGAGUCAUUACUUGGGUGUACUAAUGGGAUAUGAUAUCAAGGUUGGAGAAUUCACCGGCAAUCCGCGAAGAUUAAGGUUGUUCCCAGUCUUUCACGCCUACAUGGCAGGGAUUGUGCAAGUUUUGGAUCAAAAUCAAGAAUGGGGCAGUGAACUUCUCAACCUCACUCUGCAACUUUUAUUGUUUUGCGCGGCUCCUAAGCCACAGAAACGAACACAUGUCCCAGAGUUUUCACUUGUGAGAGUACCACAGGACAUGCGUCAGACAUGGCUCAUGGCUUGUCUUAUAAUAUUGUACAAGACCCUCCAGGAAGCCCGCUCCGUCGUCAUCACACUGAAAAACAAAUGUCAUUACCCGUCUCCGUGACCAGUAACAAAUCACGUGACGACGAGGACAAAGACAAGCGGCAUGCAGAAAGACAGAUCUCCUCACCCUCGGCGUACAACACCGGAAAGUUUCCGGAGAAAAACGAAGAUGAAAAAGAUAAGGACGAGAAACUUUCAGAGACGAACGAUGAUCUCCGACGGUUGCCCGAGACUCACCUUGUUGAUUUUGGUGGCGUUAGUUCUUCAGAGCGACUUUUGUCUUCCAGCUCCUCGACCCAGGACAUGUCGGCCUUUACAGGAGGCGCGCGCCGAUCAGUCCCGGCUUCUAGUCGCGAAGGAGACAAGGCUGGAGGAGAGGGGACGCCAGGGGUCGAGAACAAAGGGCGGAGAGCUCGUCCUCUCUCGUGGCGUGUUCGCCGCAACACAGGAAGUAAACAAAGUAUUUUCAACUUUUCAUUGCGUUCUAAGAAGUCAACGCAUUUAAAUGUAUCCAUAGAGUCAACGAGCAGUCGUGAAACACGUGAUGUGGACUUGAGCCGGCCGGGAAGCGUUGAAAGCUCCACGUGGACUAACAGUGUUGAGAGUCGAGGAGGUUCAAAGCCCAAACUGUUACACAGCCACUCGACGCGAUCUUUUGAUAGGGUCUUAGAAGGGACCAUCGACAAGGACCCUUUUGAGGGGGAUCUAGAGCUCGACUCAUGCCCCGAGUGCGGGACCUCGCUCGAACAGUUUGACGAGGAGACCCUUAAUUUAUGUAUUGUGGUGCUUUCCACGUUUGCUCAUCAGAGCCCCUCAAUGGCAAUGCCCCUCUUACUUCGAAUACUGGAGUGCGUUGCGAGAAAAUGUGUGCAUCCUAUGUUUGCUUGGCAAGAGAAAAGUAACCUGCUGAUUCCUGGUUCAAUAAGAGAAGUAGCUAAACAGUUUCUGAGAUGUGUUCUCAUAAAGCUCGCGCCUAACGGCAUCUUCUCAGAGCUGUUCCGUAGCUCCUUGAAAGAUGACACACUUUUAAAAGCUGUUGCAAUCUCCUUGAAUGAUUUUUCAUCCUUUGACCAAAUGUCUCCAAUAGCUUACUUGCUGGAGGAUGUUCUUGGGUCCAGGACUCUUAGCGAUCGUGUGCUGGUGUUACUGAGCAACUUGGACACGUACUUUCAAUUUGCCUCACGUGAGCCCACGAGUGCCUGGGAGAGUCAGCUGUCUCACUUCGAAGCGUUAUUUAGGAAGCUACCUUCAGUGUUGCCCGAAAAUCCCGAUGUUACACCAACAUUUCAUGUCAUGACUGCAAUCCUUAAUGCGGCGAGUUCUUCUUUCAAGAUGUUGCUGCCAUCCUUCGCUCAGGUGAUCAGUUACGCCAUCAACAAAUGUUCAUUUCAGCUUCAAGAUCUGCUGGAACUUUGUGUGAAGUGCACCGAGACUUUUCCAAAGGAGCGUAACAAACUGUUUUUGACUCGUGCUGUUGUGUUGGAACUGGUCCAUGCUGUUAAAUUUCGUUCUUCACUUCCCGACACGAACCUCCAGUCUGUUCUUCAGUUUGUCGCUGUAGAUGCUGGCAGCAGGAUCAGCUUUGGUAGCGAAUCUGACAACGCACCUUAUGAUCUGCCGUUUGGGUCACGCACUCGAGCUCUUGACUGCGUCCGUCAGUACAUCGGGGAAGCAUUAGAGUUCAUAAGGGACUGGACUUUUACCGCCAGAUCCAGUAAAGAAAAUCGCCAGCUUAGUGAACCAAACCUGCAUCAGACAACUUUGCCGAUCGAUCUGAAAGCCAGUGUAUCCCAGCUGGUGGCAUUGGAGCUCACUAAACACACAGAGGACAGCAAAAUGCAUAACAAAGCACUGGCAUGGCUCAAGAGUCCUCCUACAGCUACACAGUUGGGGCGUCAAGAACUGCUGGAUUGCGUGACACAUAUGCGACUGCUGGCCUGGUUACUGCACGGCUCAUUGUCACACUUCGUUCACUGUCGCAAUCCUCACGUCAACUGUCACCCAGUCAAAUUUGAGGAGAACACGCAUAUUGCGGACUACGUGCUUAUAAUUCUGUUCAGCUUUGCGGAACAGUUAAAGGAACCUUUGAGCAAGUCUGCCCUUUAUCAUGCGUUUAAUGUUUGUGAGUUGUGGACGCUGUACUGUGAUCAAACCAAGAGUCCAGGAGAAUCGCCAACACACGCAGCCUCCAUCGUUAUGGAGUUCUGGGGUAAAGUAACUCCAGGCAUUCUCCAUCUUCUGACUCAAGCAAAGGAGCUGACACAGACCGUUAGUCACCACUUCCUGAACUUACUGGAAGCUCUUCAAGAGUGCAACUCCACCCCACUACCCAAGCUAUAUCCGAUGUGGUACCCAAUCCUUACUUACUGCUUCUCUCAGAAGCAAUCGGACGCUGCUCAUGCACGUUUGCGUAAAGCUCAGUCCCGGAAGCGGAUCAACAAACACACGAAGUCAGCUCUGGCCAAGUGGUUAAAACAGCUACAAUUCAAGAUGGCGCUCGCAGAACAGUCACCUGACAAUUCUUUGUUCAAUAGCAUAUGAGAGACAUGAAGGAUAUACUUAGGACAGAUCCACUUCUUUGGCCCUCAGCGAGGG